AUGGACCCGGAUCUCCAGGCUGAUGCCAGCAUGACGGGCAUCGGCAAGACAUCUGGUCUUCGGACGGCUCUACACCUGGCGGCCUACCAUGACAGCAUUGAGGUCCUGAAGCUGCUCCUGGACGCAAAGGCCAACGUUGCCGCCUGCGUGAAAGGCGUGCCAGGUGCAUUGACGCCUUUACACGAAUGUGCAACCUCCGAUGCAGCACGCGCUGCGGGAAUCCUCGCACGGAGGGCGGCCACCAUCCGAGAGGCCGAGAUGGAGAAGCCCUGCCACCGUCCUGCACAGCCGGCCGAUGCAGAUGAACCCAUCAACGAAGCAGCAAUGCAGGUCCGGUUAAUGGAGAUCACGGGCUUCAAACAGCCUCAAGGACUCAAGGGCUCUACGAAGAGGGUCGGAGAGUGGGAUCUGAUCAUGCUGGCACCUCCCAUAAGCAAGGCUUCGACCACUAGAGAAGUGGUGCAGGCCGGCAAGGCCAGAAUGAAGUUCCUGUGGCCUAUCCACCUGAGUACUGUUCCCAUGUCCACUCCUACGUCCGAGUCGUUUGAGACCCCCGACUUCCAUGAAGAGCUGGCGGCGAUCGGCCUCCGGGGCUUCCAGGAGUACGUCAACAAGACGCUGCCAAAGGAGCUGGAGCUUGACAAGCCCUUCGCGGAGGCAUUCGCGACAGCCGACCACUCACGGGUGAAUUUGGGAUUUCGACGCUGGCAAAAACGAGUUUUUGCCAUGCAGAACAAAAACAUCUUCCCCGCAAACUUUGACGAGGAUCGAAUAGGACUCGACAUUCUCGAUGCGGGCGCCAAUGUGGAUUUCAUGCUGGGCAACACGAAAACGAAGGCGCCCUGGCCUGCCGUGGACUAUGCCUGGCCAGAACUGUACGAGAAUGCAGUGUUCAAGAGGCUUCGGGCCAGGAUCCAGGAAAGUGCAAGGUUAUACCUGAAGCGAUCAGGAUGGGAUUCUGAUGACUUGCCGAAGAGGUUCAAGAUUUUCAUCUGGGUGGAGGUCUUCAAUCCUGGGGAUGCAUUGAGGCCGUCUGCUCACACAGACGGCGGUUUUGUCAUGGGCCGCUAUUGGGUGCAGGCGCAGAGAAACGCCAUGAAGUUCAACUUCGAGGAUCCCAGGGGGAUCAACCCACCCUUUGGGAAGACGCAUUCCCUCACCAUCGACCUAGGCACCAUGACGCUGUUCCCAACCUGGGCCUCUCACUUCCUGACGCCCAACAUGAAGGGCAAAACCAUCGUUUGUUACGCAUUCAGCGUCUACCCAGACAACGGGAACACCUUAGAUUUCGAGGAUGACCAGACGGGCACUUUCAUUGUGACCGAAGAUCUUUAG